UGAGAAGUUAAUGUUUAUAAAGUUAGUUCCUCAACUGUUCCCAUCUGUCUCAGUCCUGUCCUAUGUCAGCAGGGGGAAGUAGUAACUAAGACCUUCAGUGGCUUAGCUACUAAGUGCAUUCAUUGGAGUAUUUUUGUCCGCCCUCCUUUCUUUCCCUCUUUGACAUCAGUAAGGAGUUUUAUUUAUACACUGCUAUGAGAUAUCUACUAUGGAAAAUUACUGACAACUGCUUUAUCUGUGAGUCUCAUGUUCAAGUAAAUCUGCUUCCUUUUACUACAUUUUUGUUAAUCUGGAUUAAAGUAUCACAGGUGCUGCUCAGACUUCUACUGCCUGCAAGAUAUUAAUAUUGUUUCAAUUAGACCGACUGCUGUAACAGCAGCUUUCUAAAAAUUGCAGUGAUGGUGGCUUCGAGGCAUGCAGCAUGAGCAAGGACACCUCUUGUUCCCCAUCCAGAUCUCAGGCUGCGUCUCCAAACCCUGUGCCUGCUUGGAGCGGAGCUACUUUAGCUCCACCCUCUGAGCAGUCCAGCCUUUAUUUAUAUGAAAUCUGUGGUCCAACUGGCUUCAGAUGGAGUGUGUAUGUGCGUGUGCCUGCCUUCUGAGUGUGUGAGACGAGCUGGGAUCAUGAGCCAGGGUUGUUCCAAGUGGUUUUAAUCAGCAGCCCAUUAGAGGAGAACGGAAAACUUCUAACAGGAUAAGAACUGAGUUGUUCCUUAUCCCUAUGGGAGGGUACCUCUCAAGCCUCUGCUCCUCUGGAACCUCUGACUUCUUGCCAGGAAAGCUCACAGCUGCAGAAAUGAGGAAAACUCUUGCUAGUUUUGGGUAAAGCGUGUCUUUGAGUUUUUCUACCCUGAUAAGACAUGGCUACUUGGACUGUAUCUGCAAUGUGGCAAAGGGUGAAGUGAGGACGGCGGAGAGGCCAUGGUUUGUGGGCAAGUCCCCAGGUGCCGCAGGCUUUCUCGCCCUCGUCCCUUUCUUCUGGCCUUAGUGGUGGCCAUCUGUCUGUUCUGCCAGACUCUGACUCCUCUCAUGACCAGCAGUGUCCUUUCGGCAGUCAUUAAUGGGAUUGCACCCAGCAAACUGACUAAACCACAGCAAGGAAGAUACAAGGAGGUCUCCCCAAGCAACACUCACUGCUUCCUCUCUGGCAGCAAUUCAAAAACAGUGAAAAAGAUUGAUGAUUCCAUUCUGCAGUACUUUGGAAGCCAUACGAGAAGAGCAGUUCUGUAUGCACCUCCUGCUCACCAUGAGACUGACCGUCAGCUCUGGCAGCGUGUCCUGGAAAAACAUGGAUAUACAGUGAUGGUUCUGGAGAACAGGACACUGAUGGAAGAUGAGGGCUCUUAUCAAGGUGGGAUAAGCCCCUGGGAUUUUUUCAUCUGCUUAUCUUCCAGAAAAAAUGAUGGUACCGGCUGUAUUCAAUUAGAAGACUUGCAUCAUCUAGAAUUAUUUCAGAAGGUAAACCUACUUCCAGAAAUCCAGCAUUUCCUUUGCAGAAAAGAGGGAUUAUGCCAGAUAACAAAAGCAUUUUCAGAGUUGCAGCUGCCAGUGGUCGCCUCGGAGUGCUGGGGCCCGGCGGUGCCGCGGCGGGCCGGCGCCGGACGCGGCGUGUCUCGGGGCGGCGGGAGCGCCGGCCGCACACACGCUGCCCACCCGCGGGAGCGGCGGAAGCGGAGCGCCAGCGCACGGCCACUGAAUCAAUUAUCAGCUCCACCAGACCACAAGGACAUCCUUAAAGGUCAAGACCUUUCUGUCAUCAUCAAAGCCUACGUGCUUGUGACAUCCUUAACACCUCUGCGGGCAUUCAUUCACUCAACCACCACUGUCUGGCAUCCACCCAAGAAGAAGCACUUUUCUGUAAAGCUGCAGAGGUUUUUUGAGAUAUUCUUCAAAAGCAGUUCUCCCCAACAAGCCUUCAACAACAUGAAGGAAGCUAUAAGCAAACUUCUACUUAUAACUGAGGUCUUCACAGAAUCAUCUGCCUCAGGACCAAAUUCUUUCAAUCAAUGCAGCCAAUGUUUUCAAAUGCUAACCUUUGACGUUGGAUUUGGCACCUCCAUAUACCCAGUAGUUCUCGAGGUGCAUGAAAACUUUGACUUUGAAGAUCAGGAUGAAUCAAAUAUUCAGGACCAAACUUUAAAACAAUUUAUUUUUGAAGAUACUUUAAAAUUUCUCUUAUCCAAUGAAUCCUCAACAUCCAGUUUCAUAGAAGCUUUACAAAAAAUAUAUGAAUCAACUGUGAGCAAGGAUGGAAUUUACCACAGAGAAGAUGAGCAAUGUUUGUCUUUAGAAGAGAUAAAUUCCAUGGUUACUUUCAUAAAGGAGCUGAAGAGUCUUGGACAAUUUGAGCUGCUUUUCCCUUCUGCCACACCCAAGGUUCAAACUUUACUGCGUGACCUUUACCAGAUGGUAGACCCGAUGAGGCGGCUUGGUUCAGUCCUGACUCUGCAUUGGUUGCUUUCCAGUUUGCUUGAACAAUUCCAAUUCAUGACUAAAGAGGCACAAAUUAAUCUUUCAGAAUGGAAUUCUUCUCAAGAAAAUGUGAAUUCUAAGCAGAAUGUUGCUUCCAACUUCAGGAAGAAUCAUGAAGCAUUGCAUUAUUCCACUAAGACUGAGGAAAGAGAAUGCAGUUAUGAUAAAGAUACCCUAUCUCAUAUCAGGCAGAUCUUCACCAGUCCACAGCUGGACUUGAAUCCUCAGUUUAACCCAAAGAUCAAAGAAUACUAUGUGGAAGUCCCGUUUGACACUGUGACAGUGAAGAUAGGAGCAGAACCUUCUAACUGUCAAUGCCAAGUACACCUUGACGAGAAGAGAGGACCAAGCAUUGCUAACUACCCCCUUGGCCUUGGAUUGAAUAAAGUCAUCAUUCUGGUAACAGAUGAUUUACAGCCCAGCCCUCAGGUUGUGAGCAGCUACAAAAUCACAAUUUAUCGAGAAGACCGCCCUAGUCUGCCUUUGUUUGAUGACUACAUGAUGUGUGGUUUUGUUCAGGACUGUGGUUCUCGCAUUCGUCCAGAGGAAUCCUGUGGCUUGCAGCCUCUGUCUCAUGAAUACCUCUCAGCAAUUUCACAGACGGUGUUUAAGACUUGUGAAGCAGGAGACACAAAAGGGCAGUGGAUUGUCCCUUGCCUCAGCUGCUCUGACAACAGGACCUGUGACUGGAGAGAAAUAACGUGGCAGCCCCAUGGCUGCCAAUAUUCUGUGCUAGCCAAGCCCGAGCUCCAGCGAUGUGUGGAUGGCAGAAGGAUUCUUUUCAUAGGUGACUCAACUAACAGAGGAAUGAUGUACUAUCUAAUAGAAAGAGUGAAUAAGACUCUUCAGGAAUGGCAAAAGACUCAUGAUGUCAAAUGUUAUCAUAAUAUCAAUGAGGGGAAGACAUUUAUCAGUUACUCCUACUACCCCCAGUUUUGGAUGAGUGCAAAUGAGAGACCAACUUUUGAAAAAGCACUGGAACAACUGCUGCAGAGAUCACGUCCCCUGGAAAACACAGAGCAGACCGUAUUAAUUGUAGGUGGCGUUCAAUGGCUUAAUUCCAAUCACCUGCAAAUUAUCCAGAAGGUGUUGAACAGGGAGAAUCUAUCAAAUAUCCUGGUAAUUAUCAAAUCUAUAGGAAUGGGCUUUCACCUCCCAGUGGAUGGAAUACAUUCUCUAUCACAGGCAGAAGUGCAAAACUUGUGGAAUGAAAACUUGGUUAUUCUGGAUACAGCAAAAAAUUUUGGCUAUGAAGUUGUUGACACCUUUGUCAUCACCAUGGGACGUUACAAAGAAUUCCUGCAAGGGAAGUGUGGCUGCCAUUUCCAUGAGGUGGUGAAAUCGAAUCCCUCUGAAGAAAGCCCGCAUGUAACAAUGACGUUAUCAAGGCACUAUGCACUGGGGAAAUAUUUUAGCAGUCAAAGCAAGCCAUCACAACUGCAGGACUAUACAACAAAUUCUCAAUCCCCAUAUCAUGUCCGAGGUCCAAUAAAUCAAGUUUAUUCUGAAAUCCUUCUCAGCAGGCUCUGUGCAAGUAGGAGGGAGCUUGUCAACACGUAGGCUCCCUUGGAUAUAGCACUGGGACUAGAGAUGUGCCACCACCCAUGUGACAGUUGAAGGACCAUGGUGAACUUAUGACAUGCUUCCUUGAUUGGCUGCACACACAUCAAGAGAGUUUGGGACAUGUGGCAUUUUUCCUAAAACUUUAUGAAAUCAAAGUAUGCCCUGGCAACUCUGUGGUGUCAAAAUGAAAGAGGGAGGGUUGCAAAGGAGAGAAGAGGGGAAGUUCCUUGAAUGGUUGCCAAAGGCUAGAACAGCUGUUGCUCAAGGAACUGUCUAUUAAUGGUAGUAAAGAGAGAUAAAUAUAUACACUUGAAUGAUUUAAAAAGGACUGCUUUAGCUCUUCGGCACUGUCUAGUUUUCUAUUUAAAGAUACACUGUAAUAUUUGAAUGUAUUUAGAAACUGGCUACAUUCCAUUUUAAAGAGUUUUAUUUCAUGUGGAUGGGUCCCCUUUCAAUAUCAAAUGUUUCCUAGUUAGACAUUUGAUUUAUACAAUUUGAAAAUAUACAAUUUGAAAAUGUCUAUUAGCAUUUUACUGGUGAUGCCAAGUUUUGAGUUCUAGGGCUUUUAGUGAAAACACACCCCUUCUUUGUAUCUUAGUUGGAACAGAUGUGUACUUUAUUUUUUUUUGCAUGUUCUAAAGCCAAUAUAGAAAUGGAUUACUUGGACUUGAGACUGAUAAUAACUGUCUCAAUGUAACAUGUAAAUACAGUGAAUAUGUUAACAUAGUCUUAUUUAUGGUCCCAGUUUAGGAGUGGCCAUAUGCAGGAAGACUGCUUAAAUAUGUACUUCAGUGUCUACCUUGGCUUGUAAGCCAAGCAAAUUUUCUCCCCACAUAGAGCUGCCAUAUCUUUUGUGACUUUUUGUAAAAUAUUUGACAAUAUGGGAAGCCAGUGCCGCAAAAGGAAGAAAAAUACCCUUUUCAAGCACACAUAAGAACUUUGGGAUCUGGUUUUUAACCAUGGAAUUAUAGAAUUGUUUCAGUACAAAAAGACCUUCAAGAUCUUUGAGUGGUUGGCCACACUAAUCUGUCAUGAGGAGUAUGUGAUGUGAUGGGAGCAGAAUACAUUGCCUGCAUCUCAUGCUUGGCAAGGACAAGACCUUCUCUGAGCACCAGUUUUGUACUACAUCACCAAUGUUUGCAGAGCUACCCUGGGUGAAGCCUCAGGGAGAGGCUUUUCUGCAUGGGGAAAUGUCUGCCAAUCCUCUGCUACAGCAUUGACAGCACACUCACUCAUGGUUGUGGUGCCUUAAUGGGAAGCCAAGUAUGGUCCAGGCUUAACAGCUCAGCGAUGAGUUAACAGCACCCCAUAAGACUCCCUACAAUUUAUCCGAUUAUGGAUUCUUAUGAAUGCAGUCAUGGAGCAGGCAAUGAAGGCAGCACUCUCUCCCAGCAUGCACUAGAGAGUCAGAACCAGGUAAGUACAAGUCUUGUGAAGGAUCCAGGGAACCCCUUCACAAUUUUACAUAUAAUCCUCCACUAGCUUCUUACUGCCUUUGGGAAAGGAAGCCACAAGCGAUGCCAGAGAAUAAACAAAUCACAACACAGAACUAAUCACCAUCUUAUUUGCCUUAGCAGCACACAGAGGGGCUGCCCUAUGUAAAAGCAAGGAUAGAAAUUAAUGACACAACAUUUAGGAUUUUCAAAAGAUCCUUAGAAUCAAUACAGUCUGUACCCCCAGCUAAAAUUUUGUAAAGUCUUGCUCCUUUGGAUAAGAUGGGAAGAAGAUGGGAAAUUGACAUGCAACAUGGAGUUUAGCUUCCCUAGGUGAUAGAAGGACACUGAAAAUGAAGAUCUGGCAUAUCUAAUUUAGGAGAGCUUCCACUAUAUUGACAAAGCUAAUUUAAGCAAUGACAUUACAUUUUGUGAGACAGUAUGAUUAUUUCUGUUCCUGUAUGAUAUGCUGCUGCUGUGCUUACAGUGAAUGUCCUUGAAUUUCUAUGUAAGGUUUUCCCUGGUAUGGAGCUUUUCAUGAAAGAUUGAUCAGGAGCUGUGCAUAAAUACUGAAAAUGUCAGCAUUUGUUUUUGCGUAAUAUGAUUAUCUAAGGAAUAUAAUUGUAUGCAAAUGAUAUAAUAUAUAACCUUGAGUCUGGAACUCCGGGGCUGCACAACCUUAAACCUGAAGGAUUUAAUAUCAGGUUGUUAUUAUUAGUAGAUGCAAAAUGCAGCCAGAUGAGUUUGUUAUUAAGAUGAACAAUGAUAGGUGUGUUACAGUUCUGCUUCUGUUAAGAUUUUUCUUUGUAGCUCAUUUAAAUCCACAUGCUGUUACUGUUAUUGUUCUGUACACAAAUAUUUUUAAGGCAUGAACUGGGGUUUUGUGUUUGCUUUUUUUAAUCAAAGCCUACUGCUGAAACACCAAGUAUUAUGAUGAAAAAGAAAGAGCUGACUUUGUUAUACCAUAGCUGCUAUCAGCAAAUGUGCAAUUCAUCACUUCUACUUUCACCACAAAACGGUUUACAUGUGCUGGACACCCCGAUGUCUUAAUGUUUUCCAAGUUCUAAUAUUUUUCAAAUGUACCAAGUGGAUUUUUUCUUCUGUGUUUUCUUUUUUUUACAUGUCUAUGUAUAUAUAUAUAUAUAUGUCUGUACAAAGUUAUUGGUACAAUUUGCAAAUAGAUCUUUAUUUAAAUAAGUUCUUUAAAUAAGUUUUUUUCCAACUUUAUAUAUGAUCCAUGUAAUCUUCAGAAAAAAAAACCCAAAAGGAAUGCGAGACUAAAACAGGUACCAAGGUGCAUUUUUCAUUAUUUAACUUUUAAAUAUAUCUAGCAUCUCUAGGAACAUGAAAGAAGAGAGCUGAGAUUGACAUGGAGGCAUUAUUUGCUCAUACACAUUAAAAUUUUUGAAUUAAGACAAUAAAAGAGUUACCGUGUUUGAGUUCCAGCAAGAGCACACGUUGCAACAAUGGUUUACUCCAGAUGUUGAACGGUGAU